CAAGAAAACUGUCUCCGGGAUUCGGUUGAGCCCGUUGGAAGAAUUCCGAGAACGGUCGCAUGCAGCAGCCUUAUGCCGCCGACGAGGGAGGACGCGUUGGCGACACGCCGGGGAACCGGGGUGGGUACUUGUCGGCUCGAGGAGGUUUCGACCGUUUCGACAGCGGCGCGUCGCGAGGUAAGGAUUCGUCCGCGAGGCUGCGGGGGCCGAUCAGCUGAUCGGGCAGGCUCGUACUCGUAGUUCGCCGUGGCGUUCUUGCGUGCGCUGCGCGCACUGGCGCGUGCACUGCGUUUCCGUGGGUCGUGCGACUCGCGAGCUCUCUCGUGAGGGACCGAGGACUGGCACGCGUCGACCGUGCUCGGCUGUCACGAGCGAGGUAAGCGGGGCGGGCGCACGGCUGGAGGACGGGAGCAGCGCGAGGGAAACGAAACGCGUCCUGACAGGAUAUUCCUCGGGGGUUCGUUCUCGCUGGCGGUCGCGGCCAAUUCGGAGGAGAGUCGAGCCGGCCGAGCCACCGGGCUACAUGGAAGAAAGGGAGGACAGGUGAAGGCGAGCUGAGAGGAAGUCGCGAGGUUCGUCCGACCGCGAAGAUGGCUCGCCCCUCGGCCUGCAACCCCCUGCCUUAUGUCAUCGACAGACAGAUCGACGACAGGGUCGACCACUGCAAACGCCUGAUCAGCGCCAGGCUCGAGAGGUCCGAGAAUCUCUUCAGGAAGGAUCUCCUGUCUCAUUACGGGUGCGUCAACGCGAUCGAAUUCUCCAACCAGGGGGAUCUCCUCGUAUCAGGAGGAGACGACAGACGAGUAUUGCUAUGGAAGGUGGAAUCGGCUAUACAGGGAACGGGCAAGCCUGCCGUUAUGAAGGCUCAACAUGUCAGCAAUAUAUUUUGCUUGGGUUAUGAUAGCAGCAAGACCAAAAUAUUUUCUGCUGGCAAUGACGAUCAAGUGAUCGUUCAUGAUCUCCGAACUGGUGACCCAUUAGAUUACUUUCUGCAUGAAAAGCCAGUUUAUGGAUUAUCUAUUCAUCCUACCAAUGAUAAUGUUUUUGCGAGUGCUUGUGACGAUGGAAGAGUUCUCAUCUAUGACAUAAGAGGGUCCAGUACGACGGAGACAUUUUGUCUGGCACAAUAUAAGACAGCCUUCCAAUCGGUAAUGUUUAGUCCUGUGGAACCUAGAAUGCUCGCUACUGCCAAUGCAAAGGAAGGAGUCAGCAUGUGGGACGUUCGAAAGCCACUGGAACCCGUACUUCGUUACGGAACCGAAGGUCCUUCCCAAAGCUGCAUGAACGUUCGUUACAAUGCAGCAGGCAAUAGACUGUUGGCAUUGAGAAGAAGGUUACCUCCUGUACUAUACAGCACAGAAUCUGCAACACAUCUUUGUCAGUUCGACCAUCCUGGAUAUUAUAAUAGUUGUACCAUGAAAACUUGUUGUUUUGCUGGUGAUGACAAGUAUGUCCUGUCCGGUUCCGAUGACUUUAAUCUGUACAUGUGGAAAAUCCCAACUGAUGACACCUCAUGGGUGGAUUCUGCACACAUGAUUCUUCGAGGCCACAGAUCCAUAGUCAAUCAAGUACGCUUUAACGAAGCUAGUUGUAUUCUCGCUUCGUCCGGAGUUGAAAAAAUCAUCAAGAUUUGGAGUCCGUUUCCACUUGGAUCUAGUUGUUUGGGUGGUUUGAAGCGAGAUGCUGGAAAACAAGAGAAACAACGCCGUGUAUUCACGCACGAUGACUACAUUACCCUUGUUUUGCGUAGUGGUCAGUUCAUGACUCAUGAUUACAGUCACCAGUCGACAAGAGAGGAUCCACGAAUGAUGGCAUUUUUUGACUCCCUCAUACAACGUGAGAUCGAAGGAUGGAGCUCUGAAGAUAUGCCCACAGCACCGCAGACACCCAGUGAUUCGGAAAACAAUCCUGCAACAGGGGAUUCAACAGCAUCUGAUCGCCAACUGAUGUUGAGCUUCUUGGGUUCUGCGGUGAGCUCUCGAGGUACUUCUGGAGGUGUAGCACCACAAAGACCUUCGGAAUCACCCAAUCGAAUCACUCGACUGAUAGCCAAUCGGAGGAAAAAGUUAAUGCGACUGGCAGCCAUGGAGAGCGGUGCGAAUCCAAAUGCAUCUGCCAAUACCGUUCCUGAAUUAUUCACCUCAAGCUCAGAAAGUGAAGGCGAGAAUGCUCGUGGUAAACAUAAAUCUAAGUCGAAAACCAAACCUAAAGGAGUCAAGAGAAAACACGACAAGAGUUCCGAAAGGAGUAGAGCGCGUAGGAAGUAUAUGAUAGCGAAGAGCAACACCGAUUCGGACAGCGACGAACAACCAAUUGACGAAACACAGCCGAGUACGAGUUCUGGGUUGGUGUCUCGAAGAUCGCGCUAUGCAGCGAAUCCUAUCGAGAGCGAUACAAGAAAUUCUAGCAACAGUAGCAGUAGUACCGAUGAAAAUGGUGGUAACAGUAGGCAACAGAAGCGUGCCAAGACCGAUUUUGACAGUUCCAGCAAAGGGCAUAGACGAAAACGGAGAAAGUAUAAGAAUUCUAAAUGCGACAGCGGGAAGAGCAAAAGCAAACGACUGAAGGUAGAAGACGACACGGAUGGAGAAACUCCUCGGGAUGUGUCUUCGGGGAAGGUGUACGUGAAUGGUACCAGUUCGGAAAAGGUUGUUGGCGAUAGCUCAUCGGUGACACCUUUAAAAGAAUGGUGCCGUGCUCUUUUGACCCCUGACAGUGGUAUUACAUCGGGCGUAUCAACUAGUGAGAAGUUUAGUGGUGCUAUGCAGAAAGCACGUAACGGAGCUGAAACUUCCGAUCAUGAACAGAAAGUGAAAAACCUUGAGUGCUUUAGGAAAAAAGUGGACGUAGCACGCAGGGGCUAUCGUAAUCGAUCGACACCUCUAUCGCAAACCUUGUCUACCACCGACUCUUCCGACUAGAAAAAUCUCUGACAUAUGUCCCGAUGAAUCCAGUCGUCCCUUUUGUACAUAAUGGAUCUGUGAUUCCUUGAAAUAUAUUUUUAUAAUACUAAGUUUGAUCCUCUCUGCAUACAUGGCAGUAUACUUUCUAUUAUUUACCGCUGUUAUAACAAUGUGUUGGUUAUUUGUAUGAAUGUCGUGUCGUCUUUCUUUCGUUAUUCCCUCCUAAAUCAGCCUCGUGCAUACAAGGGUGUCGCCAUAUUAGCGACGAUUUCAGUGACAACAAAUAAGCGAAUAAUGUGUCAGUGACUUUUGUGGAAAGUUUUAUCGUCUGUGUAUUAAUCAGGAAGUGGAGGCUCGCAGGAAGUAAAGCCCAAGAGGGUUCGUUACAAUUAUUGAUACCCUUUCAAUUACACGUCAGAUAUUUUUGAAAGCGUCCAUUGUGCGUUCGCAUCUUGAAAUUCUCAGUGACGCAGCACUAGAGUAAAGACAAACGAGUGCGACACUAAUAAGGCUAAUGUGUAAUGCUUCAACGAUUUGAGUGUGAUAAUGGAAAGAAAUAAAACAAAGUGGUAAAUUCGUA